GUCUGUUCUUUGUAUUUUUUGCCUCAGAAGAUAUAAGCCUUUUUUGAUCUCGGUUGUUAUAAAUUCACUUUUUUUAACUAUUUCGUUCAGGUUUAUCUUGCAUUUUAUUGCAUUUAAUUUAUUUCUUUCAUGACUUUUUGUUUCGUGUAAAAUUGAAGGAAUUAUCUUAACAUUUUCGAUUUCUGUAGUUGGCAGUUCGAAUUCAUAUUUUAAUUGUAAUUUGUUUUUUGCUUAUAAUUAGUUCACAAACAAAUGAAAUGCUGGAGUAUUGAGCAUGUAUUCAAUCAUCCGUGGCAUAUUGUGGUUGGUGCGGCUUUUAAAAAAUAUCCGAAUCCAGAGAAUGAAGAUAUUCUUGGGAUCGAUGUUAUUAAACAACGUUUAAGGAAUGGUGUGCUUUAUUCUGAAAGAAUUAUUCAAUCAAAUUUUCACAUCCCUGUCUGGGCUAGCAAGUUGGGUGGAUUCAGUGGUCAUCAAUAUUCUCUUGAAUCUACUCAAGUUGAUCCUAAAAAUCGGUUAAAUUGUUAUCAUCUUUUACGGAUUGAUGAACGUUUGACUUAUACUUCAGCUGCUGAUACUGCUCAAACACGUCUAAAACAGGAAACAACAAUUUCCGUCAAUUUACCUUUUCUUAAGGAUUUUUGCGAGAGGAGUUUUCUUUCAAUUUACACUCAUUAUGCUCAAAGGGGUCCAGAAGGCCUUAAAUGGGUGAUCCAGCACGAAUUCAAUGGGCAAAAGUGA